AUGAAGGCUGCCAGCAAGGGAACCACCAAUGCAUUGGCGUCGUUUUUGUCCGGCAAAAAAGACCCUUUGGAGGAACAAAGAAAAUAUGCAGAGGGAAUUACUCUGAAGAGAACAAAGGGAAACGGGAUAGUCAUAAAUGUUUUGGGGAAAGAACACCAAGAAAUCAUAACUGCUAAACUAAGAAAAUAUAAGUUUUCAAUUCUGACAGAUGUAUCUACUGAUGUCUCUUUAGUGAAAAAUUCAUGUGUCCUAGUAAUAAUCUAUGAUGACGAGGAAGGGGCAAUAGUAACUGAUUACUGGGAUCUUCACCAAAUCUUUUCUGAUAAGGAUCCCGACGGGGCAGAAGAGGGCGCCUCCGCCUGGAGAAUAUUCGGGCUUCUAAAGGCAUCGUUUGACAAGCAGCAAGUGCCCUGGACAAAUGUCAUUGGAUAUGCGGCGGACGGUGCUUCUGUGCUGAUGGGGUCCAAGAAUUCAGUGAUGACGAGAUUAAAAGAUUUGUGUCCCGGGAUUAAAGUAUCAAAAUGUAUAUGCCAUUAUUUGCACCUGUGUGCGAGUGAAGCAUGUAAACAAUUGCCCCGCUCCGCCGAGGAUCUGGCUCGGAAUAUAUAACUUCUUCCAUAACAGCUCCAAGCGCCCAGCCCAGUUUGCUGAAUUUCAGACAUUUCUUCACCUAGAUGUACUGCGAAUGCUCCAUCCCAGCCAGACGCGUUGGCUUUCCCUUACGGCAGUCGUUGACAGAAUUUUGAAACAAUGGGACGCGUUGCGACUCUACUUUGAUACGAAGUGGCUUGAAGAAAGAUUGGA